AUGUAAAUUUGAUUGUGGAAGGAGAGAAUUUUUUUGAAGUUUACGCUUUUCCUAAACAUAGUUAUCUAAAAAAUCAAACAAGGUCAAAACAAUACUGUGUGUGUAAGGUCGGUCGCUCUGCGAGUCAGUCAGUCCUAUGUAAGAUACCGUUACUCUGUUACAUAUACAAAGGGACGACCAAUUAUUUACCCUACAAUAACCCCUCCCCGAUCCCCUUCCUCCCAGAUCGCGCCUCCCUUCGCCCCGCAUCCGCCUAUUCCUCCUCCUCCUCCGGCGCGCGGGAAUCGGAUCGGAACAUGAGGAAGAGGGAGCGGGAGAACCCUUGCGGCGUCUGCGGCCACUACCACAAGUACGAGGAAGGCGAGGUUUGCCCAAUCUGCGGCCACCGUAUGGCCGGCGUCGACGAGAAGCCUUCCUCCUUCCACACCAGCGCCUUUCCUUCCGAGAUCCUGCCCGAGUUCCUCUUCCUGGGUAGCUACGAUAAUGCCUCCAGGGCAGAGCUUCUUAAGACCCAGGGGAUUUCUCGAGUUCUCAAUACUGUCCCUUCUGUUCAAAAUCUGUAUAAAAAUUCGUUUACAUACCACUGCCUCCAAGAUGAACACAAUUUAGAGUUUGAUGAUGCAGUUGAAUUCUUAGAGGAAUGCGAAAGGGAUAGAGCACGUGUUCUUGUACAUUGCAUGACAGGGAAAAGCAGGUCACCUGCUAUUGUGAUGGCAUACCUAAUGAGAAGUAAAGGAUGGAAACUCGCACAAAGCUAUCAGUGGGUGAAAGAGCGAAGACCAUCCGUUGAACUCACCCAAGGCAUCUACCAGCAAUUGCAGGAUUACGAACAGACAGUCUUUGGAUCACAACCAGAGAGUGGCGUGGCCACCUCCACCUCCACCAUGGCGGCGGCAGCCUUCCCCUCCCCUCCCAACACUGCGCCUUCUUUCAGCUUCGGCUUCCCAAAGCUCAGCGAAACUGCUUCUUCUGCUCCCACUUUCAACACCGCCGGCGCAACUUCUCUCUUCUCCACCCCUCUUCUCAACAACAUUCCCCAAGAAUUCACUUUCGGCGCCGGUUGCUGUACCCUUGCCUCCCAGAACCCCCCUCCUGUCGCGAAUCAAAACCCAAACGACGGGGGUGGCGAUAUGUGCAUGGACGGCGCAUGAAGAAACAGAAAAAAAACAACUUUUGCGAAAUCAAAAUCCAAACGCGGUCUUGUUUUGUUUCCAGGGAGUGGGAGUCGCACAGUACAGGUUUCACAAGUUGGUGUUAUCUGGAAUGUCUUCUACAUGUGUAUAUUUGGAGGGAGUGUUUGUUUUACACAUACAGUAAUACUUAGUACUUGCUCUUAUUACAAGCUUUUAUUGUGACUGUGUGCUGGGAAACAUUUCUUUUUUUUUUUUGCUCGAGAUCCAUAGACGAGAACAAUCUAAGCAUUAUUUUUUGUACAUUGUGAUAGUUUUAAAUAUCUAGUUCCUUUUAAAGUUUUCAAUAUUUUUUAUGUGGUACUAAAUACGGAGUAUUUGU